CCUAGCGUCCAACAACGCCGGACGGGCUGCUCGAACGUCUUGGAAGAGUGCCCAGGUGGGGCUUGCCGGUGUACGUUUGAUUUCCUUUUCACUGCCUCCCUCUUUCAAAGUUCCAUCCCAACCCCAGUCCGCGGAUAGAUGACGCCUGCAACACUCGCCCUUCGCCAGAUGACCUGUUAGAUAGUCAGCCAGGCCUGCUGGUGACGCCCUUGUCCACCCUUGAUCCCUUUACUGAUAUUUGAGACAUCAUAGCCUGCGGCAUCCGAGUCUCGCUCUCCUUCUCCGGAGUCCUCACAACAUGGUUUCCCGAUCACUCGCUUCUUUCCAGAGCGAAGAUGGCGACAACAGCCAGCAUGUCCUGUCGUGGGAGCGGCAAGAACAGGAGGAUACAUAUGGCAGUACAACACCAACUUCGCCCACGCUGAACUUCCGCAGGCCGAGGCCUAAUCGUACCGCCUCGAGCGCUCAGCUCUCCGCCCAAGACCCCACAGAGCGUUCGAGUCUGCUCGGAAACGCCCAUGGCUCCCGUUCCUACACGAGUAUGGCAACCUCCAUACCCGGCACCCCUCGCCCGCAUGCUGCUCGAAUAAAUAGUCAAAACACAGCGAGGAACGAGAGGCGUCGCACAAGCCGUGCCCCCUCAUUCAGUGGCCGCACCUUCAGUCAGCGCUUGGUGCAAGCCCUAGGCUCGGAGCGGCGUGCAGCACACGAGAACAGCCUAGCAAAUUCAAAGUCUUCCUUUUGGCACGACGAUCGCGUGUGGUACGAUCAGUUUACCUCCACCGACUGGGUUCACGAUAGCAUCGCCGACGCAUACAGGGUCAAGGCCCUUCGUAGUCGCAGAGAUAUCCGAGGGCGCGUUGCUGCUUGGUUUGAUGGUGCCCAAGGCUGGAUUCUCGUUGCCAUCAUCGGCAUACUCACGGCAACAGUCGCUUACCUGGUCAACGUGACCGAAAAUACUCUGUUCGACUGGAAGCAAGGAUACUGCACGAGGGCGUGGUAUAUGAGUAAGAAGACGUGCUGUUUUGGCGCAUCCAUCUGUGACGAAUGGGUCCAUUGGUCCAAGGUGAUUCGAACAGACCGCCUCGACAGCACAAGCACGCAAUUUGCUGCAUUUUUGGUCAGCGUUAUUACUCUGAGCAUGGCCUCCUGCGCCCUGACCUUAGGCACCAAAACUGUCAUUCCCUCCGCCGUCUCGAUUGCUACCCUCGACGAAAAUUUGGGGGCGGAUGUGCUCAGCACCGAAAGGGAUGAAGAAGGGAGAAAACGAACGCUCAAUCCCGAUGCUGCCUACGACGAAUCACUACAACGUCCGCCCAUGGUAUAUUACUCCGCAGCAGGCAGUGGUGUGGCCGAGGUCAAGGUCAUUCUCAGCGGCUUCGUCAUUCACGGAUAUCUUGGUGUGCACACCUUGGUCAUCAAGACUGCAGGUUUGAUUCUUAGCGUGGCAUCUGGUCUCAGUCUCGGCAAAGAGGGCCCUUAUGUGCACAUCGCGACGUGUAUCGGCAACAUUGCGUGUCGUCUAUUCUCCAAGUACAACCACAAUGACGGCAAGCGCAGAGAAGUACUAAGUGCAAGCGCUUCUAGUGGCGUGGCAGUGGCCUUCGGAGCGCCUAUAGGCGGCGUCCUCUUUGGCCUGGAGGAAGUCAGCUAUUACUUCCCGCCAAAGACUCUCUUUCGAACCUUCUUCUGCUGCAUUGCCGCCGCAUUGUCGCUGAAAUUUCUAAACCCUUACGGAACUAACAAAAUCGUUCUGUUUGAAGUCAGAUACCUCGUCGACUGGAAAUUUUUUGAAAUUAUUGCAUUCAUCUUCACAGGCGCUUUGGGCGGUGUACUAGGAGCGUUGUUCAUCAAGGCAUCCCGUAUCUGGGCCCGCACGUUCCGGCGAAUUUCCUUCAUCAAGAAGUAUCCCCUUCUCGAGGUUUUCCUCGUGGCUUUGGUUACCGGUAUUCUCAGUUUCUGGAACAGGUACACAAAGUUACCCGUAGCCGAGCUUUUAUUCGAGUUGGCGAGUCCCUGCGAUACCUUCACUGACAACGGCACGGGGCUGUGCCCGACACGGGAGCAUAUUCCAGACGUCAUUCGCACGUUGCUGGUUGCGUUUGUCAUCAAGGCCGGUCUCACAGUCGUCACCUUCGGGAUCAAAGUGCCCGCUGGAAUCUAUGUCCCGUCCAUGGUCGUUGGUGGAUUGGCCGGCCGCAUCGUGGGUCAUGCGGUUCAGAUGCUUGCUCUUCGUCUGGGCGGUACUGGACUUUUCGGAGCCUGUGAACCCACGGGUCCGCCCGGCUCCUGUGUCGUUCCUGGCGUAUACGCUAUGGUGGCUGCCGGUGCAACCAUGACAGGAGUAACACGUUUGACUGUUACCCUUGCUGUCAUUCUCUUCGAGCUUACGGGUAGUCUUGAUCAUGUCUUGCCGUUCUCGCUUGGCAUACUGGUUGCGAAGUGGACAGCAGACGCCAUUGAGCCGCUAAGCAUUUACGAUCUCCUGACGGACAUGAACUCAUAUCCUUUCUUGGAUAACAAGGUUCGGCCUAUCUUCACCAACGAACUCGGCGAUAUCACCCCACGAGUAAGAGAGGAGCGCGUUAUCGACAUCACCGAUUCGCCUCUUGUACCCGCCGGCGAACUCCGUCAAAAACAGCAAUAUCUACAUAUGACUGGCGAGCUGGACGGCGGCUUGCCAAUAUUGAAAGACGGUAUUCUAGUCGGGCUCAUCGCGGCUCCCGAUCUAGAGUUCGCUCUUGAUAAGCUUGACGAUGAAGACAACACUUUGUGCUUGAUGUCCACGCACGUCGACUGGGCAGCUGGCCGUGAGACAGGUGCCGAGCAGAACGAGGAGACGGAAGAUCCGACGGAUUUCACUCCUUAUAUCGACCCAGCGCCUGUCUCAUUGGACAUCCAUUCGCCGAUGGACCUGGUCUAUGAGUGUUUUGUCAAGCUGGGGCUACGAUAUAUUUGCGUGUUACGCGAUGGUCAAUAUGCCGGCAUGGUACACAAGAAAGCUUUCGUGAAAUACAUCAAAGAGCUGGAGUCAAGUGGGCAUUAAACCACUGUUGGGUAUUUUGUUCCUCAUUGGAGCCAAUUUUUAGCUUACCAACUCCCCAAUUGUUCCUUCAGUUUUGGUUAACUUAGAGAGGACCGGAUUCCUAUCCCAGCAUGCGCGGCGUUUGACUAUGGCAUUUACUCGAAAUCUCGUCUUCAGACGAAUGAUAAUGAUACCUAAGUGGUGGGAAAAUGUGUACAUGAUCUAGAGAGCAUGCGCAAGCGGAUUGGCAUUAGCGAGAUACCUGUUGCAUUUUACAAAUCAUACUUCUUAUACGGGGUUGGGCAAUUGAAAAGCUAGAGGUUUAUGCCUACCUUCAC